AUGACACCCUGGCAUCUGAAGAACAACAUGACACCCACCACAAAAUGCUGCUGUUGGCUGGCGCUGUCUAAAAUGGUGUGGUUUCGUGAGGGAGGUGAGACUGCCAAAGGAAGGCAAAUGGGGGUGUCACAGCAAUGGGACCAGGCCACCAGCAUGACUCUAGUCUAUGAGACUUGUAAAAACUCCAGAGAGGGGGAGAAGAAAAAAAAAAAAAAAAAAUCAGAGAGACAUACCGAGUCAAACGCUCCUUUUUCUGCCUAUCUCGUCCCCAAUGUUAAAACAGGCAAAACAAAACAAGUGCACAUCAAGAUAGAGCCAAUUAAGGGGAAGGCAGCGCGGAGGGCGGGUGGGAGGCAGCCACCUCGCCGAGCACAUGGGGAGAGGGAGAGCAUCGCCCCACCUCGAGCCGUCCCUGAGCCUUCCGAGCUCUCCCAGGAGGACAACGGGGAUGCCCGUCUAGGAAAACCGUCCCGUCGGGCGAAACGGACCUUUACUAAUGGAAGGCCGAAGGAGGUUCUUCGUAGCCCCGCACCACCUCGGGCACGGCCCCAACGCGGCCCUCUGCAGCGGAGCCAUCGAAAUAACUCCGUGCCCAGCGAACUUGUUGCUCGCUUUCAGCUCUGCUGCUCACCCCGGCUCGGGCCGGUGCCAGGCGCAGGGGCAGAAACAGCCUGGGGGAGAAGCCGCCGCUUUCGAGAUGAGGAGCUUUAUGGGCUCCGAAGCCGCCCGUUCUGGGGGUUCGCUGAGCGUCGAGGGGCAGCGGCCGCUCUGCUGCUGGGAACUGCGCCCUGGCCAUGUGUUUUCCCUGUGUGGAACAUCGCUCGCAAGUGCGGGAGGUGGAAAGUUUUGUUCACGUCAUUAUCUCAAAGCUUUCCCGGCACGGAUCUCUCUACGUUUACAGGCUGUACUGUUUCCAGGACUCCAAUGGGGCUUUCCCUGAUGGAGGCGAGGAACAGAACUUUCCCACUCGCUCGGAAACUGCCGAGGUUCCGGCGAGGAGGAGGAAGGGGGGACGACGACAAAGAGGCCCAAAUCCCACCUCCCCGGGGCGCCGGAACAUCCCCUGCAAGUGCUGGACCAAUGCUACAGUGAUGACCCAAAGCAUUGCGUGUGUCGCUCCCUCCUUAUGACCACUCUUAUGACCACUAUGGGAGUGAAACGGGGUUGGGAAGCGAAUUCUUGGGACAGCGACUUGAGCCCACGCACGUUGGUGAAGGGAAACGCGGGGCCGUGCGCGCCGUCGGGCUGAGCCAGGGUUAAUGCCUGCGGUUCCAGACACGCUUUGCUCGGGCGGGGAGCCCGAGGGGGCUCUGCCAGCUGCUCCCGCAGCCUGGGGAGAGGGAGGGCUGGAAAGGAAGGACCAUCCGCUUAUGACAUAAAAAUAAAUCAAAAAAAUUUAAAAUAAUAAUAAAAAGACUACUUUUCCAGGCUUAUCACAGCCAUUAGAUAUUAAAUAUUCUAAUAAAUAAAUAAAUAAAAUUAAAAAGACCAUGAGUCGUUUACUUGCAUCUCUCCAGGCUUAAGCGCUUUAUUUGGACAAUA